UGGCUGCGGGCGUGCGCUUCCGGCCGGGGCGUCGACGUCGGCCGGCUGCGCAGGUUAGCGCUUCAGGGUCUUCGGCCGCUGCUGUACGCAUCGUGCACGCCCCGAGGCGCGGAGUGUCGUCUCUUCUCGCCGUAGGCCGUGACGACAUGAGCAGCAAAGAAGGAUCAGGAGGGUUCAGGAAAAGGAAGCAUGACAAUUUCCCACAUAACCAGAGAAGAGAAGGGAAGGAUGUUAAUUCCUCUUCACCUGUGAUGUUGGCCUUCAAAUCAUUUCAACAGGAACUUGAUGCAAGACAUGACAAAUACGAGAGACUUGUGAAACUUAGUCGGGAUAUAACUGUUGAAAGUAAAAGGACAAUUUUUCUCCUCCACAGGAUUACAAGUGCUCCUUAUAUGGACGAAAUACUGACUGAAGCAGAAAUUAAAUUGGAUGGUGUCAGACAAAAGAUAUUGCAGGUAGCCCAGGAGCUCUCAGGAGAAGACAUGCAUCAGUUCCACAGAGCCAUUACUACAGGACUGCAGGAAUAUGUGGAGGCUGUCUCUUUUCAACACUUCAUCAAAACACGAUCACUUAUCAGUAUGGAUGAAAUUAAUAAACAAUUGAUUUUUUCAACAGAAGACAAUGGGAAAGAAAAUAAGACUGCCUCUCACUGUUGUGGCAUCUCCCGUUGCGGAGCACAGGCUCCGGACGCGCAGGCUCAGUGGCCAUGGCUCACGGGCCCAGCCGCUCCGCGGCAUGUAGGAUCUUCCCGGACCAGGGCGCGAACCCGUGUCCCCUGCAUCAGCAGGCGGACUCUCAACCACUGCGCCACCAGGGAAGCCCUAUGCAUGUGUAUUUUAGACGGCAUAUCAAAGCACAUGAAGUCUGGGAUUUGCCUUAAAAUUCAAUGGUGUGGGAGGGAGGGAAGGAGAGAGGAAUGGGUGGAUAACUGAAGCAAAUAUGGCAAAACUUUACAGGGGCCCAUUACAGUAUAUUCUCACUUUGUGAACAUUUGACAUUUUUCAUAAUGUAGUAAAAGGUGUUUUCUUUAACCUAGGGCAAGAGAGAGGAGAGAAGAGAGAUUGAGAGAGAGCGAUUGAGAAUCCUGUUGAAUCUCUGAGGUAAAAAGUCAAGGGAAACCUUUCUGACAAAGAGAGAAGCCUGGCUGAAGCCAACUUUGUCACGAAUUAGCUCCCUGCUGCCAUCUAAGGGCACAGAUAGAGGUAUGGCUGUGUCUGUGUCACUACAUAGCCCACUUCCCUCCCCGCCCCCAUACACAUACACAAUUCCCACUGCUCUAAACCUGUGCUGUAAGAAUUCAAUUAAUUUACUUCCUUUGGUUAGGAUUUAAUAGUGGAAGGAAUAUUAAAGACCAUGUAGUCUGCCCUUUCCCUGGAGUAAAUGAAGAAAUCAAGUAAAACACAUGUAUUUUCCUGCGUAAGCAUCUUUUAAAAUCUCGUUUCAUUUACCCUCACCACAGUUUUGAAAGGUAAACGAUGGAGAUGUUUCUCUGUUUUUAGACAUGACAGUGAGACCUUGUAUGUGUGUAUGGCAGGGGCGGGGUGGGUGGGGGAUGAGUGGCUUUGCCACUUAGAAAAGUCUAGAUUGAAAUGACCUAUUUCCCUGAGUCUAGGCCUUUAGACGUCCAUCCCAGAACUCUUCUCCUGUUGUGCUUCCUAGAGCACUAGGACUAACAAGCGCUUAAAAGAGAAGCAAAAAAGUUAUUAUUGCUGAUAAGUGAGUAGGGAAACUUCUGAUGCUGUCUUAUUUUAAAAAUUUAAGGCCUGAAUUUUUAUUCUGAUAUCAUAAAUUCCAUUCAGUGGCUAUAAAACUGAGAAUGUUCAAGUUCAAAAUGCAGUAGUGAGGGCUUCCCUGGUGGCACAGUGGUUGAGAGUCUGCCUGCCUAUGCAGGGGACGUGGGUUCGUGCCCCGGUCCGGGAGGGUCCCACGUGCCGCGGAGCGGCUGGGCCUGUGAGCCAUGGCCGCUGGGCCUGCGCAUCUGGAGCCUGUGCUCCGCAACGGGAGAGGCCGCAACAGUGAGAGGCCCGUGUACCGUGAAAAAAAAAAAAAUGCAGUAGUGAAAUGGUCAAAGCUGGGUUCAGCAAUUAUGUUAUGCUCUGGAUAAAAAAAAUGAGAUUUUAUUUAUAAGACGUGCAUAGCUGGGUGCCUUAUAUACAGAAUUACAGAAAUAAUGUCAUAAUUCAAAAUACAUUUUCCCAAACCUACAAUACUCAUCUCUGACAUCUCUAAUACUACCUCUGCCAGUUCCCCUGACCCCCUGAAGGUUCUAAAGCUCAUGUCAAUUUCCCAAGUGCUUUUAGUGUUUUUCUGUCUUGUUUUUCCUAAUGCUCUUUCCUUUUCUUCGAAUGUCUUCUCUUUAAGUCUGAGCUUGGAUUCUGCCUCCUUCGUUUUCUAUGAAAUCUUCCUUAGUAGCCUGACGCAAGAACUCUCCCUGUUUCCUAGGGCCGCUCUAAGAAAGUAACACGAACCGUGAGAGGCUUCAGUGACGGAAAUUUGCGUCACAGUUCUGAGCGCAGGAUGGGCUCUUUCUGAGGCUAUGAGGAGGGCUCUGCUCCAGGCCCCUCCCCUAGUUUCUCGUGGUUUGCUGGUCAUCUUUGUUGUUCUUUGGCUGUGGAGGCGUCACCCCGAGUCUCUGCCUUCAUAUUCAUAUGGCACUCUCCCUGUGUGCAUUUCUGUCUCCAAAUUCCCCCUUUAUUAAGGACACCAGGCACAUUGGAUUAGGCCACCCUAGUCCAGUAUGACGCGAUCUUAAAUAAUGACACCUGCAACAGCCUAUUUCUAAAUAUGGUUACAUUCCGAGGUGAAAGGGGUAAGAACUUCAACUCGUGGAUUUUGGUGGAGACCACGAUUCAACCCAUAAAAUUCCUUCUUUUGAAGUUCUUCCCCUACUUCACUUAUAUUUUGUUCAUGGAACGUGUCACAUUCUAUGUGGCUGUGUUGCCUCUCCUUCUAAACUGCAAGAUCCUUGAAGUCUGGUUCAUCUUCAUAUAACCUGAAGCGCCAAGCACAGAGGAUGGAUAAAUGUUUGUCAGGGGCCUUACGUAUUUUUCGCUAUGGCUGUCAUCUCUGGUACGUAGGUUGGGCUAUACCUCCAAAUGGCAAGAGGCAGGAUUUUAUUAAAAUGGAGGCAAUACAGACUUUUUCUCUGUACCUGUCUGCAUGCAGUUACGUUUGUGUGCCCUUGUUGAAGGCAGGACAAAGUGAUUGGGUUUCAAAGUCAGGCAGACGACCCAGGCUAUGACAGUCCACGGCAUCAGCCAGGAAUAUGAGGAAGGGAAGAGAGAGAGACAGAGAGGCAGAGACAGAGAGAGAAGGAAACAAGUAUGCCUUUCAGAGGUCCUGCAGGGUAUGAAGGGAGGGAGUGAUCAUGAAAACAAAACCAAUUACCGGUAACCAGGAUACAUGGUAAAGGGGCAAAAUAUCUGUGCCAGCGUCUGUGCCAGCGUCUAUGCCAGCCCAAGGGUCUGGGCGACACAAGCACACGUGCCAGAAGCAAGAAGCGAAUUUGAUGAUGAGCCAGGCCAUUGCCUUUUUCCAGAAAGCUUGCAUCACUGUGAAGGAAGUCCAGCCGAUCUGGGCCCCUCAGCGGGAGGAGGGGAAGCAUGUGGCUGGAGCAGGGAAGGUGGCUCAUCUUGCCCCCGCCAGCCUCAGCAGCCGGUGCCUGGCUCACAGAGGGGUGGCCUUCAUUUGCUGUUCAUUCAAAGUACUGAACUAGACAACUAGAAAAGAAUUAAGUCAUGGUCCCUUCACUCGAGGCUUACAGAUUUACAGGGAAUAAAACACAGUCAAGAAAAAGUAAACAGCCAUCCAGUGGUUGCCUGCUAAGUACUAGGAAGUUCCAAAGUUAGUGGGAAAGGGGGCCUCUCUGGUGAGGGAGAGUCUAUCUCAAAGUGUGGUCCUUGGACGGUGGCAUCCGUGUCACCGGGAGCUUGUUAGAAAUGCAGCUUUUCAGGCUGCACUCCAGACUUCCUAAAUCAGGGUCUCUGGAGAUGGGACCAAGGAAUCUGCAUUUAACCAGUGAGGGGGGUGGAUUCUUAAGCUUAUUGAAGUUUAGGAGGCACUGCACUUAGGAGUACUGGGCACGAUGGGAAUCGAACCAGGAGGCAGGAAGGGAAAGGGGGAGAUGCAGAUAAAGAGUAAGUGAGUAGGAGAGUGAUGUAGGGGUCUGAUGGCGAACUUAAAACUUUCAAAGCCUUUGUUUAGGAACUCAGGAGUCUGCAGGAGUAGCGAACAGGGUGAGUAGGAGAGCAGCACGCAUCUCUGGAAUGCCAGAACUUGGCUUUAUCAUUUCGAUUAGCAUUUCCCAAAAACCUAUUCCUCAGAGAUGCUCCAUGAAGAAAGGAUUCCAAGAGCAGAUACAUUUGGGAAACAUUGGAUUCUGUUCAUGCCUCUUGGAGAUUUACAGUACACAUGAGCACAUUAAAGGCAUUAAAAUUCCUUAAAAAAAAAAAAAAAAGGGCUUCCCUGGUGGCGCUGUGGUUAAGAAUCCGCCUGCCAAUGCAGGGGACAUGGGUUCGAGCCCUGGUCCAGGAAGAUCCCACAUGCCGCAGAGCAACUAAGCCCAUGCGCCACAACUACUGAGCCUGUGCUCUAGAGCCCGCGAGCCACAGCUACUGAGCCCACGUGUCACAACUACUGAAGCCCGCACGCCUAGAGCCCGUGCUCUGCAACAAGAGAAGCCACCGCAGUGAGAAGUCCGCGCACCGCAACGAAGAGUAGCCCCCGCUCGCCGCAACUAGAGAAAGCCCAUGCGCAGUAACGAAGACCCAACGCAGCCAAAAAUAAAAUAAAAAAAAGAAAAAGAUAUGUUUAACCAGUUUUGAUCCUUUGCUCACUCAGCAUGUGGUCUGCAGACCAGAAACAUCAGCACCACCGGCAAGCUCGGUAGAAAAUGCAGAAUCUCAGGCUCCACUCCAGAAUCAGAAUCUUCAUUUCACAAGGUCCCAAGGUGACUGAUACACCGAUUAAAGUUUGAAAAGUGCUGGUUUAACCCGUGGAACCUCUUUUCAUGGAAUAAAGCACAGCUGUUCUGUGGAAUUCACUUUGGAAAUGCUGCUUUAGGCAACGAGAAGCCAAUGAUUUUGAGCAGGAAAGCACCAGGAUGAGAGCAGCCUUGUCCUACACAAAGCAUGCUCUCAGAACCCCCUGAAGGAGUCUUUCCCUGUCUCCUCUUCAUGUUCACUCCUGGCGAGAGCUUCCUGUCUUUCUCCUCCACUGCAGGAGAUCUCGUUUAGGAACAAAGCUCAACAGAGACUCUUCUGGGUAGAGCCACGGUGGCGACCUGUAAACCACUGAUCCGUGAGCUGCUUGGUCUCACGAAACUCAAACGCAUUUCACUGAGCUGCAAGCCCAGCCAUCCAAGCGUUCAAAGCAUCAUUGCAUCCCUGUCAUUUAAUGGUCUAUAUUUCUGUGCAGCUUUUAGGUAAGAUCUCCCACAGUAGCCUUGUUGUCAGACAUGGUUGUUUCAUUACACUUUUAUUUUUUAUUGUAUUUUUAAGUGUUUUUUAUUUUAUUUAGAUUUUUUUUCUUGAUGUGGACCAUUUUUUAAAGUCUUUAUUGAAUUUGUUACCAUAA